UUCGAAAUAAUAAGAUCGUCAUUAAGUAUAUAAAUACUAUUCGGUAUUAACAGUUUGUGAAAAAACAAUGAGUUAAGUUUGUAAUGAUUUGCGUUAAUUCUUACAAAUAAAAUAUCUUAAUAAGCACACAGUUUCAUUAUACAAAGUUGAAGAGACAAUUAAAAUGGCACACCUAACACUGUUAUUAAAUGGCAUUAUAAUAUUCCUUAUCGUAAUGGUUUAUUCUUCCGAUGAAGAUGCAUUGAAAUCAUUAACUAACACAGUACCGAAACAUUAUAACAUCAAGCUGAUAUUACAAAUCGAAGAAAAUACUUUCAUCGGCCAAUGCCAGAUUAAAAUAAAAAUUCUUAAAACGACCCACGAAAUAAGCAUGUUUUCAGAAAAAAUGAGCAUAAUGCAAUCAGAAUUAGUAACUCCAUUUUUUGACGAAACUAUGGAUACAUUUAAGAUUUAUAAUGAACUCCGACAUUCGUAUGAUUAUGAUAAAAAUAUGUUCACCCUUUAUUUUAAAGAAGAAUUAUCACCAGGAUUUUACACCCUGCAUAUAAACUAUAGUUCUAUAUUUAAUGACGGAGGCUUUCAGCGAAUUUUCUAUUUCAGCGAAGUCGGAAAAAUAUGGUUGUCCGCAACAUUUUUCCAGCCAAUAUGGGCUCGACGAAUAUUUCCAUGUUGGGGCUCGUCAAAAACCACUUUCGAUAUUAUCAUACAUCAUCCUCAAGAAUAUUCGGUUUUGUCAAAUAUGCCGGUACGAGCAAUCUCCUUUCCUCAGGUCAGGUUUAAUCAUUCGGCUGAAGAUAACUUGCAAUGGUCAUAUAUCACAAGCACUCCUGCAAUGUCCCCCUUUCGCUUAUCAAUUAUUGUUUCUAAUUUUAUUCGCAAUUACAUUUAUGGAGAUGAUAUUCCUAGCAUGAUGGCAUAUGGUAACUUAUGGUGCGAGGAACGAUCAAUAAGUUCCUUACAAUUUGCACAGGCAAUUAUUAAAAAUGUCACAUUAUAUUUAGAAAAAGAAGCAGAUAUUUGGAAGUAUUUGCAUAAGUUUCCAAAAGUAAGUUAUGUCAUAAUUCCAAAUUUUCAACCGCUAAAUAAUAGCAUGGCAAAUUUGGGAAUCGUUAUUUACAAUGAAGCAGAUGUUGUGUACAUUGAGGGAAAAGACUCGAUUGGAUGCAAAUAUAACGCAAUACGUGUAAUAGGAUAUGAAAUAAUACGAGAAUGGUUUGAUAAUACAAUAAAUCCAUUUUGGAAACCUAAGUCAUGGCUGAGUAAAGGUUUUACUACGUUUUUUACAACGUUUAUCCUCAAUCAGAGCCUGCCAAAUUCCCGGAUAAUGGAUUUGUUCGUAGUCCAUUUUCACCAAGAGUCACUUCAUUUUGACGUUGAUGAUAGGAUGUUGUCUCAUACUUAUCGAGAAAUCAAAACCAUCCCGGUUAAAAUAGCUAAUUAUGUCAAAGCACCAGUUAUAUUCCGCAUGUUGCAAUAUGUAUUUGAUAUAGAUAUAUUUUGGCGGGGUAUCCAUACAUAUUUAUAUAAAAAGGAGCAUAAUCCCGAUAAUUUCUGGGAAACUCUAAAAAAUAUUUAUGACAAAAUAAAUAAAGGAUCAUCAGAUAUAAAAGAAAUGAUGUAUCCUUGGUCAAAACAAAAGGGAUAUCCUGUGUUGAAUAUAUUAAAACAUGAUUCGAAUAGCGUAAAUAUAUCGAUAGAAAAUCUUGAUAAAACGAAUGAAGAUCGAUGGAUACCUGUCAGCUAUACCACAGAGACAGAUGCGAAUUUUAAUGAUCCUGCGCCACUUCUUUGGUUGCAACCACCAAAAAAACCGUUUAAUCACCCAUAUAUUCACUAUUUUAUAUUGACUUUGAAAUACAGAGAGGAUGGCUGGGUUAUAUUUAACAUACAACAGACUGGAUAUUAUCGCGUCAACUACGAUGAUGCGUAUUGGCUUAAAAUUGCUGUAUAUCUGAACAGUGAGAAUUAUCGAAAAAUACAUGUUCUGAAUCGUGCUCAAAUCAUCGAUGAUGCAUUUCAUUUUCUGUUAUUAAACAAACUAAAACCUGACACAUUCUGGGAACUUACGAAAUACCUAUCACAAGAGACAGAUUACAUAGCAUGGUAUCCUAUGUUUAAAGUUAUUCAAUACAUAUCAAAUUCUUUUUCAUUUCUAGAAAUAGGAGAAUAUUAUAUUAAGGAACAAUUAAAGAAAAUGCUGGAUGGACUCCUUCAGAUUAUAAAAUACGAAGAAAAAUCUACGGACGAUGAUUUUACUAAAGCUUUAAGGCAAGAAGCUAUGCAAUGGGCAUGCUUUCUUAAACUGUUCAAUUGCCUAACAAUGGCCAACAAUCAAUUGAAACAACAUCUCGAAUUCUCUACAAAACUUUCGCCGUGGUGGAAGAAAUGGACUUAUUGUUAUGGUUUGGAAACGGCCGACAAUACGACUUGGCACCAAAUGCUGAAUAAAAUAACAGGAGUUAAUGAACAAAUUUUAUAUUUUUUAACUUGCUCAAAUCAUCUGGUUGAGAUAAACAAUUAUGUAUUAACAUCAUAUACAAAAGAUGAUGCCGUUGAGCUUGAUUAUAAGGCUCCACAAUAUAAUACAUAUGAUAACAAAUCAUCUGUAUCUCUUGUAUCGUAUAAUCGUAUAAUAACUCAAUACGCAUUAAGGCAUUUUGUUUUUACUAUUGCGAAUAAUACAAGAAAUAGUAAAACAUUCAAGAAUUUAUUAGUUGAUUUCGAAAAUAUAACACCCAGUCAAGUUACAAUGCCUGUAGCAUUUCUCAUUCUUAUUAAUAAUAUAUAUUCUAAUCAACAACUUGAUGCGGUAAGUUUAUUUAAUUAUGAAUAUAACAUAUAUUUAUUAUUGUAUCUUGUCUUAAUUACGCUAGAAAUUAUGUCAUGUCCGAUCGAUUUUUAUAGUGAGAGAAUAAAUUACCAAAUGUUGAAAAUUUUGUUUCAGGUAUUCAGUUUUUUCCAAAGUGUCGAGAAAUAUCAAAUUUAUAAUAUACAUGAUAAAAUAAGAACACGUAAGAGUCAACUUAAUAAUCGUAUACUAUUACUUAAUAGCAUAAAACCAAUCAAUAGAAGUCAUUUAGAAGUAUAACAUAUAUGCAUAU